GAAGUAACUUUCCCAAGCAGCGCAAGAGCACUCCCAAAGUAAAGCCAAGCUGAACCAUCUCGCCUUCUUCGCACAUUACACAAUACUAAAAGAUGGCUCAAGAUUCCGCCUCCGAUCUUCUCUGUUCUGAUGAUUCCUUCCUGUCAGCUCUGUUUCAUGAGGAUGAAGAUGGUGAUGGUCGCGCCCCAUUUACCGAUGAUGAAUGUGCUCAACGCUUGCAGCUUCAGGAAACCCUUUACUCUUCCUUGAUCACUUCCCAAAAGCCAAACAACGAUCCUUCUCCUCCUCCUCCUCCUCCUUUACUCCUUUUACCUGCGUCUUCAUCACCUUCUGUUCCUUUAAAAAUGGCUGACAAUUGCCCUACCCCAGAAACUGACCAAGUGAAAUGCUCAAAUGAAACGGGCGAGUCCUCGCAAGUCAUCUGCGAAAUCUGUGCAGAAAAUAAAGAGGCUUCCCAGAUGUUCAGAAAUCAGAGAUGCCACCACUCGUUUUGUUCCGAUUGUGUCACUAAACAAGUGGCCAUAAAAAUUCAGGAUAGUAUAACAGUAGUUUCCUGUCCUGGUUUGGAUUGUAAAAGUGUUCUUGAGCUUGAUGCUUGUCGGCCAUGGCUUCCCAAGGAGUUGCUUGAAAGGUGGGAUCAAGCUCUGUGCGAAGCUCUGUUUCUGGCAGCCCCCAAAUAUUAUUGCCCCUUUAAGGAUUGCUCGGCUAUGUUGCUGAUUGAGAAUGAAGAAGAUCAUCAAGCUAUAAGGGAAUCAGAGUGCCCUGUUUGCCACAGGCUGUUCUGCGCAAAGUGUGAUGUUCCAUGGCAUCCUGGAGUGGACUGUGAGGAAUUUCAGGGAAUGGAUGAGAAUGAGAAAGAGAGACAAGAUCUGAUUGUGAGAGAGCUUGCUAAAGAGAAGAAAUGGAAAAGGUGUCCCAAUUGCAAGUUCAUUGUGGAGAAGACAGAAGGAUGCAUGCACAUCACUUGUAGGUGUCACUAUGAGUUUUGCUAUCAGUGUGGAGAACAAUGGACUUCUACUCAUGGAGGCUGCGUAACAAAUCAGAUUAUAUGAUGUCAUGUUUCAAGAUGAUCAUUUAUCACUAUCACUUGUUACUAGUCACUUAUUAUCAGAUUGUUGUUUGUAAUUGCAGCUAAGAAGAAAGGCUUGAUAUUGACAUGUCUGGUGUGAGAUUAAUCUUUGCAGAAUACCUGUUUUUCUAAAGCUACUUGAGAAUUCAGGUUCUCAGCAAUAGCGUUUUUCACUGUAUGAUUAUAGAAUCUAUGUAGAACUUUGAAGUAUGAGAGACAGUUAGCUUCAAAAUGUACUUCCAGUCUCUCAAUCAUUUGUGUGCUUUUGCUUAUAAAGUAUGAAACUAAGAUAUAAAAGGGACAUUGAUGUUCUUAGUUUUUUC